CGUCUUGUGAGGAGAUAGUGCCACACGUUUCAAGUUCCACGUAAUCAUCCAUUGUUCAGUAGGCCUAUCCUUCAUCAUUGUUUGAAUAGUUCAUUCAGAAUAUUAUGUGAAACUAGUGAGUGUGCAUGUGUCUCUUCCAUUAAUGGAUAAGUUUUGAAGUAUUUUUUCCCAAGUUGCAUUAACGGUUUAUGUGCUGUGAUGUUUUGAAAAAGUUUUCAAGUUUUUUUGGAACCACCUGAAGUGAGGAUAGAAGUUUUUCUGUGGUUCAUUUUCUCCUCAAGUUGCUGAAAACACGGCCAACAAAUUGGAUACUUCAAGCAAAAGAAACAAUGGCGAUAGCAUCAUCAGCAGCCUCAGCGGGAGCUUGGACACAAUGCAGCAUCAGCAAGAUCAGCAUCUCAUCAGCAGCAGUCAACCAACAGCUGAUUCCUGGUCAGGAUGUAAACAGCACAUCAGCGAUCUGCAGCUGCAGGAGGAGAAACAGCUGCAUAGCGAGAGUCAGCUGCAGUUCAUGAGCUGCAAGGACGCUCGCACGCACCAACACCAGCACUCGCCCAACAAUACUAGUGCAUCAUCAUCAUCAUUGUUGUCAUCAUCGGUGUGCACAGUACCAGUGAGAGACUCUGCCAGCUUGAAAGCAGUGCGCUACGGUCCCGGCCAUGAGAAGUUCCCUUCGUGGCCGGGAGAGGGCACCCAGAAGGGGGGCGCAAAUGGGCCCCCCCACCCCGCCAGGUCCAAGUCGUGGACGGAUCACACCAAUUACCCCAAGGAGCGGCAGCAGCCUCUAGCCAGGCCUAAGCCGCAGCUAUAUACACAACAGUUGAAAACAGUGAUGGAACGCUGCGAAAAGCUGCCGGCGGACAUGUUCGAAACGGGGGGCACGCCUCGGCAGCCGGCUCCCCUGCCACCCGGAGGGGGCCCUGACCACCCCCCGUUCCCCCUGCCACGACUGGACAGGGACGGAAAGGUGCUCGGUGAGGAUCGGGACUAUUCGGUGCCCUCGCCACCCGAGAGAGACCUCACUCGCGCUGACUUGGACGAGUAUGCUAGGGUCGUCUAUCACCAUGAGGAGGAGUCGGCAGACUAUGCUCAGAUUCCGACGGAGAGUCACCUGACGAGAGCCGAGCUCGAGCAGUACACUCGAGCGUAUGAGGACAGCAACUCCCUCCGCCCCUCCCACCAGACGCAGGCCUCCUAUGCCCAGUCCGAGGGAUACCACAGCUAUGUCUCCAGCACUGACUCCACCACCACCACUCCUUUCCUCGACAGACUACGCCGCGACAGCGAAGCGGUGGUGGUGACGCGGUUCGCAGCGAGCGGCGUCAGCUCAGACGCGUGUGGCGGUCACGAGUCGAGCGCCAGCUCAGGCAGCUCAAGCGAGACGCUCAAGUGGCACGGCUCACUCAGCGACGUGAGCAGCGUGAGCUCCACCUCACGCGACCACCCGCCUCACGUGAGCUCCUCCUCACGCGAGCACCCGCCUCACGUGAGCAGCUCUCACGCCAUCGCUCACUCGUCACGUGUGACGCAGCCGCAGCGACAUCACAGCGAGAGCGUGCUCUAUUUGAGUGGUGGUGGGGGUGCCGGGGGCCAGGGGCAGCCUGCCUGGGUGCAGCGCAACAACCAGAUCAACAACCAGAUGCGAAGGCUGUUCCCUGUCUCCACCUACACUGUACAGCCCAAUGACGACCUGCAAACCAGAUCGCCGCCAACCACCCUCUCAGUAGCGGAACGCAUCAACGAGCUGGAACGCCAGCAGCGACUGAGCACAAGUCUGAAAGAACAGCGCUGCACCGACCACGCGGCUCUCAAGGCAUUCCAGAAGAAAGCACUGCUAUCAUUCUACGAACGCCAUCACUCCGCCUGGAAGUCGGAGCCGCAGCUGAUGGCGACUGCGGCCGCCAAUGCUCAGGGGGGUGGUGGACCACCUUUGCCGCCCCUCAGGCCCAAGGGAGGGCCCUCAGGAGCGGCAGCCGCCCCACAGCAGCAGCAGCCGAGCAGACGGUCGUCAUCUGCAUCCGAUUAUGCGGGGGCUGCUUGGAGAGAGAUGGUUGGAGCAAAUAAGGAAGGAAGAUUGGAUUCCAAUGGACAACGAGAAAUAAGGCAUCAGCACAGUUCAAGCUGUGGCUCGCUUUCGACUGCAGUGUUGGGACCAAUCAUAGUUGGGCCAAGCAUUUCGGUCGACGACUGGGUGCCAGCUCGACCGCCCAAAAAACCCCACCUGAGGGCCGCCUAUGGGGGCGCGCCUCCAAACCCACCCUCGCCCGAUCUACCCCCUCCCUCACCACCUCCUGUCGACGAGGAAGCCGAGGUGUUUAUCUCGGAUGAACCACUACCCCCACCCCCAUCCGAGGAUCAGUUCGAAUGGCUCGUGAAACCACAUCAACAGAAACAGAACCACAAUGCCCCACCACAUCAGACCACCACACGAUCUCAACUCGAUACAUCACAACAUCACAAACAUCCGCCUCCCGGAUUUGUUGAUGGUAGGAGAAGCAGCAGCACACAUCCACAAGAAGUAACGCAAGACAGUAAAGUAGCAACCAUUAGUCAAGAAGUAUUACGGAAUGAUGCAAUCAGGUACAGCAAUAAUACUCCACAUUUGUUGGACACGGGGAGACCAUCCCUCAAUACAUCAUUCAUCGACAAGAGUAAAUCAAAUUCCUCUCAAGACAGUUCUUCGAGACUUGAGUACGGUAAACUCGGCACUCAAAUGAUCAACUCUGCUUUGAUGAAUUCAUCGUAUGCUGAUAAAAAUAAAUCAAAUUUUGGUCAAGAUAGUUCAAGAAAUGAGCUCAGUAGUUCUCAAGGAAGGCAUAAACACAGUUCUCAGGUUGUAAUCACUGAAAGAUCAGCGCUGAACCCAUCAUACGUUGAGAGUGGUAGAAGUAAUGCACACAGCAAGAGUCCUCAGUUUGAUAAGAGCAAAUCGAAUGCAAGUCAGGAAAGCUUCAGGAAUGAGUAUGGCAAACACAACAGUAGUUCCCAAAUGUUGAAUUUGGAGAGGUCAUCUUUGAAUUCAUCGUAUUUCGAUAGUAGUAAGGCUAAUGUGAGUCAGGAAAGUUCAAGAAGUGAUUAUAACAAACACAAUAGUAGUGCUCAGCUGGUACAUUCAGAAAGAGUGGCUGCAAUGAAUUCAAUGUCAACAAGUAAUAAAAGAUCUCCCAACACUUACUAUGAGAAUCAAAUUGAUAUGCUGAGGCAAUCAUUACAACAGAGUCUUCCAGUAAUGGCAGAACCACAGACUAGGGUUGACAAUGAAGAAAAUUGCCAUCAUCGGUUGGAGAACCAUGAUCAUUCUGUGGAUAAUCAACGGUUAGAUAACCAGAACCUGCGUUUGGAUAACCAAGAGAGUCAGAAUAAUCAACACAGAAUCAACGCCGGUUCAGACAAUCAAGUCCACCAUCAAGAAGCACCCAGGAAAAAUAGCCAACAUGAUCUGCAUCAUGCUCAAGUCUACAAUCAAAAUAGUUACUCUAGUUCGGUGGGUGGAGUGAGUUCUGCAAGUGGUAAGGAGAGGUUACGAAGCAAAGAUGUGAUAAAUGGUGUAGAAAGUAGAUUACAAGACUGUAGUAAAGUAGGAGAAGGCGUAGGUGAUAGUAAAUUGACUGAGGGUUUAGUUCCAGUAGUGCAGAAAACAACGUGGAAAGCGUAUAGCGACCAAUACCAGCCUAGGUCUUUGGAUAGCAAUUUGUCGGUGGACUCAAGGUAUGAAACCCAAAAUAGUAAACCUGGCCCACAGGCGCCUAGUGUUGCUAGUGGCCACAAAUCGCCACAGAAAAUUGGUGAUUUCAAUGCGUUGAAGGCCCGCAUCCAGAACGAGGUGACCAGUAAAUCGAGCAGUUACAGGAAGAAUAGUUUUUCAGGAAGAAAAAACAGUGGGGGUGAACAUCAACAGCAGCAAUCAAGUGGGUUUGCCAGCAUCAAAAAUGUGUUCCAACAGUGUUCCGAAAGGAACUCGUUCAGGAUCUCAACAACGGCCCAAAAGUUGCUAGUGGAUGGUAAGAUUGCAAACGCAGUGCAAAAGGGGACAAUUUCGCCCACGCAUCGAUAUGCGCCUGGUAGUGGACAAUUGACGCCCACUUUUACGGCGGGUAGUGCACAGAUUGCGCCGGGUAGUGCUCAUUUUGCGCCUGGUACUGCACAGUUCCAACGAGCCAGCAUAAGGAGGAGUAAAAUCGAGCAGGUUCCAACGGCGACGGUGCAUAGCAGUCAGCUGCAGUAUGCCCGGAACCACGUGGAGCCAAUGAAGAGAGAUAGCGACGAGAGACGGUCCAACCUACCACCUACACUACCGCCCCAGUGUCCACCUACCAGUCAUCAAAGGAGCCAGUCAAAGGCGUCCGCUUACUUGGCGUACCGCAGAGAACCACGGGAACGGGAGAGGGGUCUUCCCAACUUCACUGGCAGCUACAAAACGUACCAUGUCUCCCUCUGGGGGUCAAAUCAAAUCCAUCAACAACAUAGAAAAUCAAGAUUCUAUGAAGGAUAAGCCACCAGUGCCCCUCACACCAACCGUCCUCGACAAUCAGCCACUAGACAACAAUAAUCUCAACAACAACAAUAGUGUUAACAACAACAAUCAUCACAUUCAAACAAUCGACAAGAAACCAGUGCUGCCAACUGU